AUGGCACAUUGUCAAAUUACAACAAUAACACCAAAUUUGCUUUACAAUUGUUCAUUUUUAAGUAAUAUAUAUUUGUCAAACGCGGCAGUUUUUGAUCAAUUUCAAUUUAAUAAUUAUACAUCAAUUAAACUUACAGCUAAUUACGCUUUUAUAUCAUCAUCAUUAUUAUUAUCAACAUUUGAACUUGGUCUUAUUUAUCAAUUUUCAACAACAAACUAUCUUGUACCAUUUCCUGUUAUAUUUAAUUGUGCAUCGAUUGUUCAUUCUUGUCAAUUAAAAACAAUGAAAGAUACAACAAUGAUAACACAUGAUUCUGAACCUAUACGUGUACAAUUAACAUCAUUUAACUAUAUGUCAAUAACAAGACAAGUUCAAUUUAAUCAAAUGGGUUUAUAUUUAAAACAAGGACGAUAUCAAUUAAGUAAUUGUUCAUUAAAUGAUGGACAACAAAUGACAGAUCCAAAGACAAUAUUUUAUAUUCAAAUACAAUAUGAAAAAUCUAUUGGUAGUUCAUGUGAUUCCAUGAAUGAUAUAUGUGGUUCAUCGUCUUUAACAACUUGUACUUCAUCAACAUGUACUUGUCAUGUAUCAUCAAGUGCUCUUGUAUCUUAUUCUGAUUCAUUCUAUUGUGCUGAUAUGAUAAAUAGUUCGAAUUGUAAAAUAUUUCCAUCACGUUGUAUAACAUGGUGUAAUGGAACAAAAAAUUAUUUAUGUAUUUGUCCAAUAGGUACAUUAAAAUUUCAACGAAAUAAUAUUUUCGUUUGUGAAUUACCUAUUAAUUCAAAUAAUUGUUCGAUUAAUGAUAAUGAUAUACCUCGUUGUUCAUAUGAACAAUGUUGUAUAAAUGGAAAAUGUAUUGAUUGUUCAAUGACAUCAACAACAUCAAAAUCAAUUAGAACAAAUGUUUCAUUAGAUGAACGUCUUCGUAUAGCUGUUGGCGUUAUAGCUGGUCUACUUGGCACAUCAAUAAUUAUUCUUUUAAUCACGUUAUGUUGGUUACGUCAAAGACAAAAACGACGUCGACAAACAACUAAAAAAUCACGCACACCAUCAUCAAAUUUAUCAACAUCAUCACUUUAUAUUUCACCAAAUCAACGACAAGAUACAUUUCCAUCAUCAUUAUCAACAAUGUAUCAAUUAGGAUAUAAUGAUGAAAAUAAAAAUAAAAUAUUUAAUCGAACCGAUUCAUUUCGUCAAGCUGUUUUAUCCGGUAAUCGAAAAAAACAAAUAAUUGAACGUGUAUCAACAAAACGUGAUAGUUUUACAUAUGAAAAAGAUGGAUGGUCAUCACCAACAUUUAGUACAUUAGAAUUUAUUAUUCCAUCAAAUAAUAAUAAUAAUAAUAAUAAUAAUCAAAAUCAAUCAUUUGAAUUAGAUAAACAAAAUAAUAAUAUUUAUCAUAUUAUUAUGCCAUCAAAUCAUACUCAUGCUGUGUAA